GCAACGCCCCCCUCUCUUUCUCGUCCAAAGUGUGCUACAUAAAGUACCGAGACCCCUCCAGUGUUGGUGUGGCGCAACAUCUCACUAAUACUGUGUUUAUUGACAGAGCUUUGAUAGUAGUACCAUGUGCGGAAGAUGACUAGAGUGGCCCAGCUGUUACACUACUACACUAGCCUGAGUCAGGCAUUGUUUUCCAAGCCACUAUCCCCGAUCGGGCCAACGCAGCCUUCAAGGGGGGAAUGUGACCAGGAGAAUAGCCCGCUGAACCUUCCAAGAUGGACACCUUGUCUCUUUUUAUUUUAUUUUUUUUUCCUUUUUAAAUUUUUUUUUCUUUUGGUUUGUUUCCUUUCAUACUUUCCCAUGUUGUCCACUCUCUACUGUCUCUAUCCAGAAUACUACAAUAUUGCUUAUCUCUAGCGUUGUGUUUAUAUUUGUUAUUUUGGUUUGUUGUUUUGAUUAUUGUCCAACCCCCCCACCCCCCUCUCUCUUUCCGCUACAGCUGCAGCUUGUGUGUGAUUGAGUUCUGUCCAGGUUGCUACGGCAUACCGAUGGGGAUGUGUGUCACACAUGGGAUGCUAGGAGGAUCCCUAACACUUUACUCUCUCGUCCACUACGCCUCCUUGUAGUGAGGGGCUAGUCUUUGUGAAAAAUGAUGCAGCCAUUGGGGUUGUCUUGUGUUGCACACCUUUCCAACACUGCGAAACGAUCGCCCCCUCCCCCCACGGAAAAGCGUCCAUGCUUGAUAUCGUAUGGUUCAUGACCAAUAUGUUUCCAGUACAGGGAAAAUCCCAGAAGAAGCCAAGGCUUUGUCACUUUUGGCACCUGCCACUCCAGUACCCAGUCUGAUUCCUGGUGGGGGAUUGCUGCCAAUUCCUACUCCAGCUCCACUUCAGAAUCUGAACCUUCCCUUAGUGAAUCGACUUUCAGCCAAUCUCGACCCCACGGCGUCAGUACUCGCCCAGCCGCCGCUCAUGGGAAAUGUGGAUCCCUCAAAAAUUGAUGAGAUCAGGAGGACAGUGUAUGUUGGCAACUUGAACUCACAGACCACCACUGCAGAGCAGCUGUUGGAAUUCUUUAAACAGGUGGGAGACGUGAAGUUUGUCCGAAUGGCCGGAGAUGAGACCCAGCCAACUCGUUUUGCCUUUGUAGAGUUUGUUGAGCAAGAGUCUGUUGCCAGAGCCCUCACAUUAAAUGGAGUCAUGUUUGGAGACAGACCGCUGAAGGUUAAUCAUUCCAAUAACGCUAUUGUGAAACCCCCAGAGCUGACGCCUCAGGCUGCUGCUAAAGAGUUAGAAAAUGUGAUGAAGAGGGUGCGUGAAGCACAGUCUACCAUUGCUGCUGCCAUUGAACCUGAAACAAAGAAGCGUUCCUCCAGCCGGUCUCAAAGGUCACGGCGGUCACAUUCACGCUCACGCUCCCGUUCACACUCAAAAGCACGCCGGAAAAGAUCCCGCUCAAAACACAGCAGAACAUCACAGAGGUCGUUGCCGGGCGGUGACUCACACAGUUCCCGAAGCAGUCACAGGAGACGCUCUCGCUCCAGAGACAGGAGACGCAGUCGGAGUCGCUCGAGUGUUGUUUCUAGGGGGCACAAGCGCAGGAGUAAGGAUCGGUCAAGAAGCCCUCGAAGGAAAGCCAAAUCACCGUCACCAAAAAGAAGUAAAAGAGAGAAGAAGAGGGAACGCAGCAGGGACCGAAGGGACGGCUCCACGUCCAGAAAAAGGAGCCGCAAAGACGAGGACAGGAUAAGGAGCAAAGCCAAGCCAGUGAAGGCUGAAGUGAGCUAUGUCAGAGAAGGAAAGGAAGAAAGUGACAGAGAAGGCUCAGCCACACCGAGUGAGGACAUGACGUCAUCACCCUGCGCCCAGCAUAACGGCAGCUACAAGACUAACCACGAGGAGGAAGCAUCUGUGGGUGCAAAGUGACUUCAGCAACACCAUGGACACUAAUUUUGUUCAUCCAGGUAUCCUAUUGCCCAUUGUGUACGUGCGUGAGUGUGUGUGUACAUACAGAAACACUGAAUGGCCUCUUACACUUUUUUUUCCUUUCCCAUUAUCAUCCCCUGACUGGUGACACACAUGGCUCCUCUAAGUCAGCCUAAUCUCACUAUCAAACCUUAAGGGCAAGUGAGUGCUCAGCAUCAUAAAGAAGGCCACACUUUUUCUGCUUAGCUGGUCCACUGACCACUUCUUCUUCUUCUUCUUCUAUUAUGUCCUUAUGGUAUAGGUUCUUAAACUUUUGACAUCUAGUAUAGUAGUCCUGUAAUGUCCCCACAUUUCCAGCAGAGCAUUGCUUUGCUAUGAGGUGAUCAUUAUUCACCUUAUGUAGGUCUGAGCCCACUGCAGAAGUUUUGAGGGUGCCCAGGAAGGAAGGAAGGUUGGUUACAUUCCAGACACACAGAUGAGGAAUAGAGGUCAUACUCGUUUAUCUAUUCAUUUAAAGCUAGAUAUGUUAUUUGUGACUGUCACAUACUUACAUAUUUAUUAACUGUAAAGUUCAGUACUUCAAAAAGGUUUUGAAGUACAAAUAAGCAGCAACAGUCUGCAGCAGGAGUAAAAUGUUUGUCUUAAAUUGCUUAGUGAGGAACAUUAAGGGUUCGUUACAUGCCUGUUCUGUGUGAGAGCCAGAGGGAAAGCAGGGUUCCCAACCAUAAUCUGAAUAUUUAAAAAAAAAAAAUAUCAGUGUCAGUGUGAAAUCCCAUCUUAGAGCCUCAUCCUGAGUCUUUCUGUCAUCACCAUGCUGGUGUUGUUAAACAGGACAUGGUGAGCAAGGAGGCAAUGCAAGUAAAAAACUGAAGGUUACACUCCUAGACAAGAGACUAGUUAAUUACAAGGUAAGCCUACCUUAAAGUGGCUAACUCUAAUUCUGAUCCUAAUUUACAAAAAUGAACAUGAGCACAUUGUAUUCAGUAAGUCUUAGGACUAGACACUUUUCUCCCACAGACUUGUACAAAGUCUGGCUUGUUUUUCUCAUUAUUUUUGCUGCACUGGCUGUGGUCACACGAUGGCUGUGCAAGCAACUUCCCAUAUUUUUUUUUUUUUGCCUUUUCACUAAGUGAACCAAUGGCACAUUAUAUAUGUAAUGCAUGUUUCAGGAAGUGGAUGAACAUAAAGUCCCUUAGAGGAAUAUUGACUUUAAAAUAACAUUUCUGCUUAUGCUGAAAUGCUCAUUUGCCCCUUUGUAUUUUGGUGAAGGAAAAUUUGGGCUGUGAUGUCAGUGAAGUGACCUUUAAGUCCCCUUUUUGCACCGUAUUUGUUUUAUGAUCUGGGAACGGUUGCAUCCUGCAAACUGCAUUUGAAUUUUAUGGCUUGAAGUGGCGUAGUGACGAGAUUAGAGAACGGUAUUAUCUUAUGCUGUGAACAGUGAAUUCAUUUGGUUGACAUGAACACUUUUGUUUUAUUUCCUUCUUUUUAUUUCAUAGCUGUACAUCAUUGUACAUUGCUUUUUCUAUUUCUGGUUAGUAGUUGCAACAAGAUCACAAAGUAUCAUGUCCUGCUAUUGUUCUAAUACUGUGUGAGGAGAAAAAAAGUUAUUUACUGUUUUAUACUGUAUAUAAAUCACAUGCCUAUACUGUAAAAUAAUGGUGAUGUGCUAUAAAUGUCUGUCGGCUCAUGUUACUGGAGAAAGUGGGGCGAUUAAAGUUCUCAGAAACAGUCAAGAAGAGACUGAACAGGAAAUGUCACAGGUCCACAAACUGCAUGUAAGCACAUUAGGGCCAAAAAGUGCCUACACUAAGAAAAAAUAUGGAGACUUGUUUAGGAUGCUGAAAACUAAUGAGACGUUAUAUUAAAAUUUUAGCUGUCCUCAUUAAUUCAUUACAGAGUAUACUAAUAAUUAAGUAGACCUAGUUCUUUUUCAGUGUUUUAUUUUUCUCAAUGUUUACUAUUUCAGUUUAUUCAGCCGAGUGUUUGCAAGCUGGCCCCGGAUUGAGAUCUAUGUAACUUUGUGUGUGUGUGUGUGUGUGUGUGUGUGUGUGUGUCCUGUGUUUUGAACGUGUUUUUAAAAGGAUACUUUAUGGCUGUGUGUGGCUAAAUUCCUCUUUGCUGGAUUUUACAGACCUGAUUUUAUGAUUGCUUGUAUUUUGUUGCCCUGUCUUCUGCCUUUUUUUUUCUCUUUUUUUUCUUACUUUGUUUUUACAAUUUAAAAAGAAAAAACAAAAAACUUCAGUCUGAAGUGGUCAUCUUAUGAUAAAAUGUAGUUUUAAAAAUCCAAGUAUUUCAGUAUGUGAAGAAUUUUAUUUUUAUAAACAUGUAUCCACUUCUGAAGGUAUAUUAUGUAUAAACAUGUUUAACUGUUCAGUCCAUGAGGAGAGGUCUGAUGCUGGAUUUGGGACUCUAUGUAAAAGUCUGGUGCCACUGUUUUUGAAGAGCUUUCAUGUAUAAAUCCUCCUCAGUUCAAAUCUAACAGUACAUCCGUUUCCAAAAACACUCAAUAAAAGAGAUUUUUCAUUGACUAA